AUGAACGCCUCCCAGAUCUACGCGCAGAUCCAGGCGCACAACGACAGGCGCCUCGCCGCCCUCGCGGACCGCGGCACCGCCGCCGAGGACUCCGCCGCCGAGUUCUUCAUCGAGCUCGACCGCUGGGCCGCCCGCCGCGCCGCCGCCGCCGCCAGCAUCGAGAAGGGCGCCGCCUACCUCGCCGCCUUCGUCCCCUGCACCAAGCGCGACCGCCGCACGCGCGAGUACCUCCUGCCCCGCCUCGACAUCGCGCUGCGCCCGUUCACCACGCCCACCAUCGACGUCGGCCUCCUGAUCAUCGACCGCGACACCUGGCUCGCCAUGGCCGGCGGCACGCCCGGCGGAAUCGACCGCUUCGUCGAGGAGAAGGCGAUCGCCGACGCCGACGCCGCCGCCAAGGCCGCAUUUGCCGCAGCUGCCGUCCCCCCAGCGCAGCCCCACGAGCUCGAGGAGGUGCGCACGAUGGCCGUCGUCGCGCGCUCGCGCGAUCCCGAACUGGAGGUGCUCGAAGCGCAGUGCCGCCGCCUGCUCGAGUACGCCGAGGCGCUGCAGGCCCAGGUGCCGAUGGAGGAGCCCCCUGUCAUGAGCGAGAUGCGCAAUGCUCUCAUCCGCGUCGCCUGGCGCGCGCAGAACCCCGACUUUGUCGACGAUCCCGAACGCCAGCCCUGGCUGCACGCCUCCCCGCUCGUCUUUCCGAACGUCGCCGCCGCGCUCGGCCUCGUCCUCUACGAGGGCGCCGUCCCCAACCUCCUCCUCAGCCUGAAGUGCUGGGUGCACGGCGUCGAGCAGCGCUGCAGCGAGCACCCCGCGCGCCCCUGCUUCCUGUACCAGUGA